GGUUUGGAACCAGGGUUUUCUUGCUCUUCUAAGUGGUUCCUUUGUAUCCACCAUCUUGGUUAAAGCGUCGGACAUUCGCCUUUCGUCCUCUGAAUCUCGUAGACAAGACCUCACCACAAGAAGUGAGUGAGUAGGAUUUCCCUGAGUGUUUGUAUACAUGUGAUCAUGUGAGAGCGUUUCGAGAGGGAGAGCAGACUCUACCUACCAUCGACCACGCCAGGGCAUUUAGAGGCGUUUGGUCCCUUAAGAUUGUCAUUGGGUGUAGUUGGAAAUCUUAGAUAACGUAGAUUAAACUAGAUUGUAGAAAUGCUAACCUGUCUUUAUAUCCUGCUGCAUUCCCAUCUUAAUGUCAUUUUAUACAUCUUACUUUCUACUUACUUCCUUUCACUACCAUCGAUAUCGUAUUACUUCCAAGGUUUGGCGUGGUUUUAUCAAACAAAGCUAACAAUCAGUGGAUCGUUUACGAUAAUAAAAUAAUUUGUUUGUAAUAUCCCAACGGGUGGAAAACAGAAUUUAUGUGGUUUAGGAGCUUAGUGUAUUUCUUUUAAAGAAGCUGAUCAUCUGCGCAUCAUUCAUUUGAUUGUACCAUCGGUUUACUCCCGACAUCUAGUGGAGUUUUAGUCCGAUAGCUGACAAUUCCCAUCUACAAUUUUCAUAAAUCCUACUUUGUAUUUGUCUACCUGAAUCCGUCCGCAUUACUUCUAAAUUUCUUGCAGAAUGUCAGUGAGUCGAUAAAUGGGAAAGAAAAAGAUUAGCAACACACAGCCCUCGUGUGAUUUUUGUUUCAGUAAACAUGGUUUGGAGGAUCUGGAGUCAUCAUAUCCCACACUCAUAAAAGUUGCCGGAUGUAAUGAAUUGCCCUUACUGGAUUUAUCUUCAAUCCAAAUGGAUUUGGAGCAAAUUCUGGCUAGCGUAGUAGAGCGUGUUAUUUGCCUAAAAGCUGAGUCCAAAGGGAAGGGUUUACCUGUUAAUAUCAUUUCUUCACUAAAAUAUCAAAAAGGAAGCUGUGAGCCUGAAUCUAAUCAACAAUGUCUCUCGAAAUCUUCGUUGGUUGUUAAAGCUAAUCCUGACAAACCACUUACUUUAAUAAUAUCUCAGCGCUCAGGUCCUUGUCCGAAUUCUCAGUCAAUACUACCUGUUAUUUCUAGUGGACUUAGCAAGGCCAAACCUUCGGUGAGUGCAUUUGGCCUGCGACGGUCCAGCAGGUCGUCCGUUGAAGAAGCACCUGAGGCGAAUUCCCCCACAUCUGACAAGAAUCAGUUAUCUGCAAGUUAUGCUAUUCCAAAUAAAUUCUGGGAAUUAAUGGAACCAUAUUGUGCUGAAAUAACGGAGGCGAAUGUCAGUUACUUAGAAAGCCUUAUCCGAUCAUAUCAGCAUUUGGAAUCAAUUUACUUUCAUUUGCCUGUACUCAAACAAAGUGAAUCGUGUAAAAAUGAAACCAGCGAAGCACCAGCUUGCAAAAGACUUAGACGUGGUUCUUCUCAAAUUUUUCAACAGGCCACUACAGACGAAUCAUUGUGUUCAUUGAAUAACUGUAAUUCGUCCAUGUCCUCAUCUCAAUUGCUCAAUGUAACCAAAUACUUGGAAACAGAGCUCAAAAAACCAGUCCCUGAAUCUUCUAUGUUAAGUAAAAUAUCUCAAUCCCUUUUGGAAUCUUGUUAUCAAGACGAUAUACUGUCAAAUUUUAGUGGAAAAUUAAAUUUCACAACAAAUCAAGUAAAAGAUAAUGAAGUUGAAGAUAAUCAAUCAGGAUGUACUGAUCCUAGUAGUUCCGAUUAUGGAACUAUAUCAUCUGAAGCUCUCCAUGUCAACAUAUAUAACAAUAACACCAAUUCGUCAAACGCAUUGAUAAAUUCACAAGUGACGAAUUAUCCGUCAUCAGGAUCUACGAUAACAAAUCACAAUUUCUUAAUCGAUCCACACUUGCUUACUUCACGCGCUAGUGAACCACUUAAAAGUAUAGCUAAACAAUUACGUGUCAGUUCAUCAUAUCGAGUAGAAAAAAAGAUUGCACAGGCGAUUGAUGAACUGGGCUUGUUUCCCCUUAGUGUUUUACAUCCAAAAGUCUCACCUUUGGUUGAAUCUAAAGAAGAUUGCAAUCCUCACAAUAUAUCUUCCAGCGCAGUAUGUCAUGAUACUGUUUCUCAUUCAACAAAGUUAAUUAUCCGAAAAAAUAAAGUUACUUCAUCAAAUUCAGUGAAAUCAAGUCCAUUGAAACAUUCAGAUGAAGUUCAAGAUACUCUUGAGAAAAAUCAUGUUUUCAAAAAACGGCGAGUGAAUAAUGACAAAUCAUUAUCUCCUUUACCUGAACAUCACAAAAAUACAUCAUGUGAACCAAAUCCAACAGAUAUUGAACAUUCCACGGAAUUAUCAUUGUUACCUGUGAAAAUGGAAAAUAUCAAUCCGAUUAUCGAUAACAAUAAUGAUAAUAAUAAUAAUGGCCGAAUUAAAUCUACAUGUUAUUUAAAAAAAUUAAAACGAAAGAAUUUAAAAAUGUCAAAAUCGUUAUGUUAUAAAAAUAAAUUACGAAACACUGUGAAUAGCAAUAGUACACAUAAUGAAAUUCUGUACAAUGGAGUAACUCCUAGUUUGGAUGAUUCAAUUGAAUCAAACAAAUCGGAUUGCAUUCCUAACUCUCAUCCUGAUCCAAAUCUUCCUACCAUCGACACUGAAUAUUUUAGUGACCUAGAUAAUCCUCCAGGAAAACACGAUCCACAUAUUAAUGUCAGUCCACGCAGUCGUAAUGGUUUCACUACUCAAUUGUCGACGGAAAAUGAAAAGCGACCAAUUGAUCCAACAAGUCCUAAACAAAUCCACCAUUCUCUAAGGCAUAAUCGUUUUUCACCGAACAAUUUAUCUGGAUCUCAUUGUAAUACGGACAGUAAUCCUCUAUAUGGGUCGUUAGAAAAUCAUGAACCAGUUCUCGUAAAUGGUGAUUUAUCACUAUCUGAAUUUCACAGUGAAAAAUUGACGGAAAAUGAUAGAUUAGGUGAUAAACCGAAUUCGAAUUGUAAUACUUUUGAGGGGGAUUGUGAAACAGCUCAGGUAUUAGAUUCCAACUUACACAGUUCCUUGAACCAAAAUAAUGAACAAUUUACUUCUCCACUUCAAAAUGGUCAACUCAAAUUCAAAAUAGAUUCCGACUGGGCAGAAAGGACAAAUAAAACAAAUGAUUUAACAGGGAAAAGUAGUCAUGAAGCUUCUCCUAUAAUCCAGCAUAACGAUUCAAAGUCACUGGACUGUGGUAUCAACACAGUGAUUCAAAAUCAUAUGUUCUUUAGUCAAGAUACUCCAUCAACAGCAACUACACAGUAUGGAUCUGGUGCUGUUGAUGAUAUUGGCUGGGCUAUUGUUCAACGUCAACGGGAGUUGAGAUUGUUAUGCACGGCAAACCAUCGAAUGCUUCGACGACUCGUACAGGCAGCUAGAAGAGAUAUGCAACGCCAAGAAAUACAAAGGCGUCUAGCGAUCGCAGACGCUGAUGUUAUUGAAGCUUAUAAUAAACUAGAAAGUUAUCGUCCGCAUCGUAAACCUCCAUUGAAACGUGAUCGUGAUAUCUCAUGGAAAGCAUUGAAAGAACGUCGUAAAAUACUCAAAGAAUUAGAAGCUUUUGAUGCUAAAUCUCCUUAAAAUUGUGAUGAUAAAAUUAAUUCAACCUUUAAAAGUUUAAAUCCACUUUGUACAUAAUUUAAACUCUAUGUUCAUUCUUUAUUGUUUCUUAAAAAAUAGAAAUAUUAUUAAUUGUAAUAUAUUUUAUUGCUUAUCUUAUCAUAUAGUAAUUGGGAAAAUGUGUUUUUUCCCUUUAAUGUUAUGUAGAAUCUCACAUCAAUAUUAAUAAAUAGUUUUGUAUACUUUAAAACAAUCUGUUUUCUGUUCUUGUUUAUUUUCUGCUUGGUUUCCACUUUUUCCAAUCAAUGCUUUAUAUAAUUUUCUCAUUGGUUUUUUGUAUUAUGUAUGUAUGUAUCUAUUUUUUUACUCUUAUGUAAGUUUUUUUGUUCUUCUUGCUGUACAUAAAUUUAUCGGGUUUCUAUUCAGUUCGUUUUUUCUACAAUUAACUAACUGUAUACCAUGAUGCUCAGCAUUUUGUUCGAUAUCGUUUUAUGAGUUCAUUGUUUUCUUUAAUGAAACAACAGUCUUUCUACAACCUUUACUAUAUAUAUAAUGAUUAUUACUACUACCACAUUUGUUUAAUGUAUUCAUUUAUUAUAAGCAGUAGAUUUCAAAUAUACUAUCUACUGACUAA